AGAGCUAGUGAGAUUAUUCCAGCUUUUCUAAUGCACAGCCUUGUAUUGGGCUCCCAGCAAAGGGACUGAACUGGGCCCUGCCCCCUCUGCUCCCCCCUGUCUGCUGCAGAGAGAGUGGCAUCUCCCAAUAUGUUGCCUUGUGUUUGCGGAAGGGACUCACAGUCGCCACUGGGUGGAGCCCUGCAGGUGUCUGUGGGGCUGCGGCUGAGGAGGAGGCUGGGGAGGGGGCAGCAUGACUGGGAAAGAGCCGCUGCUGGGGACCCUGAAAGCGUGCAUCCUCGCCAUCAAGGAGGGGAGCAGCCCAUGCACUGACGCCUCCCCGCACCUAGCCCCCUUCUGCGAGAUCUUGGAAACGAUCCUUCGAAAAGGAAUUAAACAGCCGGUGCUGGGCUUCAAGAGACGAGAUUAUUGGCACUGGUUAGAGCAGCUUCCUCAGCAGGAUACCUGCAUUGGGGUGACCCCCUUGUCAAUCAUGGUAGAGAAAGCCAGUUCCUGUGAGAAGGUGCUGACAGCUCAGGGACGAGGGCGGUACUUCCUGCGCCUAGCUUUAAAUCAGAAGUUACUAGCUACUGCCAUUCAACAGCUGGCUCGGAAUCCAAAACUGCUGGAGUGUUACGAUCCUCUGGUCUCAGUGCUGGGAAAUGAAGAUUUCAUGGAGCCGUUCCUCUCACUGAUGCUGGUGGUGUCAGAGAUGAAUUUCUCCCUGGAUCUGCAGAAUUCCAGUUUCUUGGAUGAAAGUUGGCUGCUGCCGGUGUGCAUGACCUAUGAGACUGUACCCUGCAGAGAACUGGGGAUGGUGCUCAGGUACUUGGACGGUCGGAUCUUCGUCAUCGAGGUGCUUCCCGAGAGCCAGGCAGAGGUGGAUGAGGUGGUGCUGGCUGGAGACGUCAUUGACGAGAUCAGUGGCUUUUCCCUGAGAAAUGCACGCAACGGACAGGCAGGGACUGUGCUGCAGAAGCUGAAGGGCAAGCCCCUGAGCUUCCGCAUGAUCCGGUGGAAGUGGCACGACGGAGGGAUGUACAAGCCGCUGCUGCCCUACCUGAACGUGCUGAGGGAGAAGGUCCCCAGCUUCCAGCUCCAACAGGAGCACAGACACAAAGAGGAGAAGGAGGAGCGGUGCCUGCAGGGGGGCAGGCUACUGUACAACCUGCGGUACCUGGGCCAGGCCAAUGUCGGAAAGUACGGUGGCAAAGAGGUGCUGGACGAAGGCAUACCCAAGGUGUUAGAGCAGCACCUGUGCCCACAGGAAGUUUUAUUUGACGUGAAAGAAACUGAAGUCUUCAUACAAGAGAAAACCUCUUCCAAGGUUCUGUUCCAAUACCCCUAUCCAGAGAUCUCCUGUGUGGGUCGCCGUCUGGACAGCAACCAUCUUUUUGCCUUUUGCGUUGCGGUUUCACCAGGGACCCCUGAACACAGUACCUUUGACUGUCUGGUGUUUGAAUCAAAUUCUGAGAAUGAAUGUGAAGAAAUUAUCAAGAGAAUUGCUUUUUGUUCUGGUUUAGGACUGAAGAGGAGCUAUCCAGCGGUUACAGAAAAUGAAAUUAAAACUAAAACAAGCUAUGAUGGGAAGGCGCAUAUGCAAAAUUCCAAAGAUACACGUAUCUACUCAGACACAUAUAGAUAAUAAAAUACAAAGUGCAGACAAAACAAACUUACCAGGUAAAA